GCUCAGGUACCAUUCUCAGCAUGAUGAGGAAGAGCACUUCUCGAUGCGUUACGAUAACGUUUUGAUAGUUGUUUUGGUAUCUGUUCACCCCGUUAUUACAGGAUUGUAGGUUCAAUUAAUGGUCUGAUUUGUUUGUCGGACGAUUUUUUUUUAUUAAUAGUAGCGUUGUUAUUAUUUGGAACCCAGCCAUUAGAAAGACCUUGCAUGUUCCGUUGCCCCCUAGUUCAUUGUCGGGUCGUCUUCAUAAGUUUGUUAUUGGGUUUGGAUUCAAUUCUUGUACUAAUGACUUCAAGGUCGUGAGAAUUGUGUAUUUUUGGGAUUCGGACAUGAAUGUUUACAGAGUUAAUCCUGAGGUUGAGGUUUAUGAGAUUAGCACUGAUUUGUGGAGAAGUAGUAGGGCUGUUGUUCCUCCGUAUGAGAUUAUUAAUCCCCGCCAUUGUUCACAUGUUUUUGUGAAAGGGGCUUCGCAUUGGGUAGCAAUUGAGCAUGAGAAGGAACAAAAUCGCUAUUUGAUUUUGUCGUUUGAUAUGGAUUCUGAGGUUUUCGGCGAGAUGAUGCUUCCAGCUAGUGUUUCUAAUGGCCGCGGGUUGAAUCUGUCAAUUUCAUUUUUUGGGGAAUCUCUGUCUCUAUUCCAUUAUGAUGAUGGUGUUUUGUCAGAUGGAAGUUACUAUAAUAUAUGUCCCAUAUGGGUGAUGAAAGAGUAUGGUUCAGUGGAGUCUUGGACGAAAUUAUUUACUGUUGAUUUAGGAAGAAAGAUAGACUAGGUUUUGGGAUUUAGAAAAACUGGUGAAGUUGUUUUGGCAAAGAGUAACGGAGGGCUGGUUUCAUAUGAUCCUGAGUGCGACCAAGAAGUCAGUCUUGGAAUCCGUUGGACUAAAUACUCCCUUCAUUUGGAUUCUAAUAUGGAGA